AUGGAGGCUCUGGCGGUGGUGCACGAGGGGGCCUCAGGACGAGGAAGGCGACCGAAGACAUCGGUAAGUGACGAGAAUGGCUCGAAGUCGACAGAAUCAAGGAAAUCAUCUCCUGUGAAAAACUCACCAGAGAACGGUAAAAGAGAUCCACCAAAGAGAGAACACACCUUAGCAAACACGAGUCAGGAGAGGAGAUUAACGGAGAAGCAUCGCCGGAAGAAACAAACCAUUUCGUUGAAGGAGCGGCUUCUUGGGUUUUGUGCCUGA